AGGAGUUCAGGGUUUUUUUAUCUGUCCAUUUAUCCAGUUAUUACCAUCCAGGAGGAGGACAUACUGUGAGGUCCUGUGUAAUUUAACACUGAGCGAACAUGGAAUAAAGGGAAAGAGCACAUACAUAUGUAGAGAGAGAAACACAGAGAGUGGGCAAUGGUCAACUCAGUCAGUCAAAACACUGAAAAAAAUGUUGUGCUGUGGUUGGACUAAUCUGGAGAUAUCUGGCUUAAAUAACAGUCAGUGUGUACUUUAAACACUGAAAUUGAUUAGUUCAUCUUCACCUCUUGUUGUGUUUCUGGUUAUUGAGUAGCUAGAAGUGUAUCUGUGAUUAGUUUGAAUGUGGUCUUUUUUUUUUAAUUUACUAAUUUAAUCCAGAACUAAUCAAAGAAUCAGUGAGAAUGGGUAAUUUUUUGCAUUGCUAAUAUACACUGAACUAUUGUAAAGUUUUGAGGAGCAGUUUGACAGAUCAAAUAACGUGAUUGAUCAGUGAACCCAGAUGAAGUCUAUCAGCUUAGGUAUCUAAUGUAUCUCAGCAUGUUAGUUAUCUGAAGUUUUUAGUAGGUAUGUUUGCUUAGUCUGCACCAAGAGAUUUUGGAUUAUCUUGGUAAAUAUGUGCCCAAAUCCUAAUUGAGUUGCAUACCAAAUCUAAAGAAAAGCUACCUACCUACCUGUUUAAAAUGCAUUCUGAUAAUUAAUUGUUUUGUGCAGGCAAAUCCGUGUGGUUUUAUACAAGGUUUGACUUAUUUCAGCCCAUACCAACACCUAAAUAAUCUUUAAUUGGAGUAGAUUGUAUUUUACAGCUACUGAUCUGAAUUGUUUGUUAAAAUUGUUUUUUUGUAGCUUUUUGACACAUUUUUAAGAAACAAAAUAUAAAAAUGACAAAUAUUAAAGGAAAUGUGAUCAGUAACAGUCCAGGUCCAGUGUUUGUUAGAAUUGUUAGCUUACAAUGUCUUAUUAUAAAUAAAGGGGCACAUGUCAGAUACCAGAUAUGUCUUGCAAGCUUAAAUGAAUCUAGAAUUAAUGGUCUGUCCCAUGUUUAGGGCCAUAUUAUCUUUGAGAUUCUUUGUGGAUGUUCUUGGUGUGUUUGGAUUAAUUAAAAUGAAGGAAUUUGCACAAUCCACCAUCAGUUUUAGUGAAAAUAAUAUGGUACAAGGUUUAUAACAACUGCAGUCUGCAGCAUUAUCAUCAGUUUUUUUGAAUAUGGAGGGUUAAACAGCAUUUUGUUGGUAUGUGAUGGUUUAGGAUCACAUGUCUGUGAUCCAGUGGUCAAUAAAGGUCAUGUAUGAGGCAACAGAUAAUAAUGUCAUCCUCACGUACACUGCUGAUCUAUAUCCAGCUAAUCCUUACUCUCAGACUGACGGACUCAGACAGACACAAGGGCUGUGAGGUAAUCUCUGAGACAUCCCUCUCUGUGUCUGUCUGUCAGACACACACUCGCUCAGACACCUCGCUCAUUCAGACACACUCGAUUGAAUAUCUGUAAAGGGUCUGUUGAAGAGAUUUGCUGGGAAAUAUGGAGGUUCAGGUGUGUUCCAUGGGCAGUAGCAGCAGUAGCCGGCUCUUCAGCACCCUGGCUCAGUCACUGAGUAGUGCCCCACUGGCACACACGCAUGUGGACCCAGAGGAGUGUGAGUUUGAGCAGGCCGACCCCGAGGCACUGCUGCGUGAGUGUGAGGAGGUCCUGAGAAACCGACCGCCCCGUCCGCACAGAGACUUCAUCCAGUCCAGAGCCAGCACCCCACACAACCCGCAGAUCCGCAUCAUGCAGUGGAAUAUUCUAGCACAAGCUCUUGGGGAGGGGAAGGAUGGGUUUGUUCGCUGUCCGAUGGAGGCAUUGAACUGGGCUGAGAGGAAGUACCUAAUCCUGGAGGAGAUCCUGACCUACAGGCCGGAAAUCCUGUGCCUCCAGGAGGUGGACCACUAUUAUGACACCUUCCAGCCUGUGCUGUCUAGUCUGGGAUACCAGAGCAGCUUCUGCCCCAAACCCUGCUCCCCCUGCCUGGAUGUACAGGACAACAACGGGCCAGAUGGUUGUGCCCUGUUCUUCAACCGCCAGCGCUUCCAGCUGCUCUGCACCAACCACCUGCGUCUGUCUGCUAUGAUGCUCAAGACCAACCAGGUGGCCAUCGUGGCUACCCUGCUGGACCGGAUCACAGGCCGGACUUUCUGCGUGGCCGUGACCCACCUAAAGGCCCGGAGCGGGUGGGAGGCCUUCCGCAGUGCCCAGGGCUCACAUCUCCUGCAGCAGCUGAAGGUCAUCAGCAGCCAGCAGGGGGAGCAGCCGGAGGGGGUCCCUAUGGUGGUCUGCGGGGACUUUAAUGCAGAACCUGGAGAGGAGGUGUACCGCCGAUUUAUGAUCUCUCCGCUCGGGCUGGACAGUGCCUACCGAAGUCUGAGCGCUGAUGGAAACUCAGAACCACCCUACACCAGCUGGAAGAUUCGUCCAAGCGGAGAAAGCUGUGCCACACUUGACUACAUAUGGUACUCGCGAGGGAGCUUUAGUGUAGACGCCAUACUGAGCAUGCCCAGUGAGGAGCAGAUUGGCCCUGACCGCCUGCCCUCAUACCAUUACCCUUCGGACCACCUCUCUCUGGUGUGUGACCUCAGCUUCAUCCAGGAGCCUCACCGGCUCAUGUGACUGUAAAGCAGUGCAGCUCCCUCUAAUGGGGAUGCAGAGCAGCUCAGGACAUUCCCAAAGUGUGUGUUUGUGUGUGUGUAUGUGUGAGAAAAGCCCUAAUCGAGCUGGAUUAGUUUUAUUUAAGGUGGUUUGAUUUAAAGGAGAGCUCCAACACAUACUUUCAAAUUUCUGCAUAAUUACAUCCGAAGUUACUGUGAAAAAAAAAUAAAUAUGGCCGAAUGUUUGUGGACACCCCUUCUAAUCAGUGCAUUCACCUACUUGAAGUGACACUUGCAAAUGCCCUCACAAACUUGUCUACUAGUCUAUGUAGAGAAAUACAUAUAGAAUAGGACUCUCUGGAGCAAAAACAUGUAAACAUUGGAACUGUGCCUCAUGCAAGGUGUUGGCUAGAGAGGUAUAAAGUCCCCAGCAUUGAGUAAUCAGUAAAAAAAUCAGUAAUCAGUAAUGUUCUUGUUGAAUGCAAUGAGCUCCUCACAGCAAUAAUAAACAAAAAUCUUUAUGCAACAAAAGCAGGAUAAACUCUUUAAUAUCAGAAAAAAACAGUGUUCCUAUACUUACAUCCAUAGAGUAUGCAUAUACUGUACAUGAAUACAGUACAGUACAGUGUACUGUGCUUUCAUUUCAAAACAUGAAACUCAUCAAACUCACUGACAGCUAAAAUCUCUAAUGUAGCUUUUUGUAUUCUUCCCCUAAACCAUGAUGUUAAUUAUCUUUUGUUUUCAGGUCAUUUGUUGGCUCCCAUAAUUGUGUAAAAAUAAUUAAAUAUCUUUCCCCACAAAACACAAUGCACAAUUAACAAAAUGUUGUUGCUAGGUCUAUAAAGUUUCAUUCAGAAAUUUAUACAACAAAAAAAACAGUACUAAUUGUGCACUUUGUAUCACAUCAUGUAGGUUGAUAUCCAACAUGAAAAGAAAAACAUAUUUCUGUAAUAUAAAAUAUACUAAUCCAGCUGGAUUAGUGCUCAGGUUUGAAUGAGUGAAUGUGGUGGGAAUGUAUAAUUUCAGUUAUAGCACAUAAAAAAACUGAUGAAACACGCACAUAAACCUGGUCCUGAACAUCAGGACUAGGGUCUUACUGUACCUCAGUUGAAUGAGUUACACACACACACACACAGACUCAUCCUUCUUUCUGUUUCUCACUAGAUGCUGUGCAAUAUUCCAUAAUUUAUUAUUCCAUUAUAAUUACUGUAAUAUAUGGUGAACUCAGGACAUUCUCACAGACAGUUUGUGAUGUUCCAAAUGCUGUACCAUUUCUCUCUUAAUAGUGCAGCCAUCACAGAUUUAUUAUGCUGAUGACUGGUUAUAUAAACUGUGGAAUUAUUUGAGCAUGUGUUUUUUUUUUUUUAUACAAAUUUUGAGAAAGACAUGUUAUAAAGAGCCUUUAUUUUAUAUGGUUAUGCAUAUGCAAUGAGGUGUGUAUACCAUGUCAUUUCAGUAUAUCAGUAUUUCUACAGUUCUUACAGUGAUGUUGGAGUGUACAACACAGCUAGGUCUGUCACGAUAACAUGUUGUCUGGACAAGAUACUCUCUGAUAAGUAAUUGUGAUGAUAAAAUUAAUGCUUGUAUUGUUAGGCCCACUAAAAUAAUGAAAAUAGAAUAGCGUAAUAAUGCAAUUAUAUGUUAGACUUAAAAAGCAAUCAACUUCUCAUUAUAAGUAAUACAUUGAAAUUGGAAUAUUUUUUUUAUAUCUGAUGUAUAUAAACAUAAUGGGCAAUACUGUGGUCAGCUGAAAUGAUUGAGAACAUGUCAAAAUAAUGGAUGUCAAUAACAUUUAUCGUGACAGGCCUAAACACUGCAUAAUGUAUUCAAUAUUAGCCUCUCCACACUCAUCAAAUACCGAACUUAAUAAUGGGUCUUAAUGCUUAUUCUAUUACUGUUUUAUUUUAAUAUUAUAAAUUAUACUGCAUGAAUUAAAUAAAAAAUAUCAAAGCAA